UGCAUCCGGAAGUUGAUGUUAUGCUAACAGUCACAGGUCAAACGCUUUAUUUUGUAAGACAGAAGCGGAAGGUGUUGUGUUGCUCCUGGUGAUUAGUGUGCGGAGGAAGGGAUGUCUGUGGGAUUCGUGCUUUGAGUCACAGUAUUUCAAGUGGAGGAGACCAGCUUGCGGCUGAGGCGAUAAAUGAGCUGGUGAUGUGCAGCUGAGCUGGUCUUGUCUCCUUUUCCAUCCAUGGAUUUAUGGUGAGGGUGGGAUCUGAUGAAUGAGUGAGAAGAAAAACUCCUGUGGUCCACUUGCUGCACCACACGCUUCCCCAUGGAUUCGAGUAGUGAUGAGGCACUUGAUAUUAUUGUCACCAAUGUGGUGGCAACCUUUCGGACCAGGUGUCACCUUAACCUCCGUACCAUUGCCUUAGAGGGAUCAAAUGUCAUCUACAAGCCAGAAGUAGGGAAAGUCCUGAUGAAGCUUCGUAAGCCUAUGAUAACCGCUUCAAUCUGGUCCUCAGGGAAAAUCAUCUGCACUGGAGCAACAAGUGAGGAUGAGGCGAAGCUCGGUGCUCGCAGGUUAGCACGCUGUCUGCAGAAACUAGGUUUCAAGGUGAGGUUUUCAGCCUUCAGAGUUGUGAAUGUGCUGGCGGUGUGCUCCAUGCCGUUUGCAAUCCACCUCAUAGACUUCACAAAGAAUAACCGUCCCAUUGCCAGUUAUGAACCCGAGCUCCAUCCAGCUGCUACAUACAGGAUCAAAAAUCUAAAAGCUACUAUACAAGUUUUCUCGACUGGCAGCCUCACAGUUACAGGACCAAAUGUCCAGAAUGUGGCCACAGCAGUGGAGCAAGUCUACCCACUUCUGUUUGAGUGUCGGAAACCCCUCUGCAAGUGAAAAACAUUGCAAGAAGGCGAUGAAUCUAAUGAUGGAGUACUCGAGACUGAUGAAGCAGCACCUUAUCCUUGGAAUCGCUUUCUUGGUUUUAUCACUACGUGGCAACAGCCACAAAUGUCUGAACUAAUUCACAGGCUGAGCUUGGAUAUCACACUUCUAAUGUCCUAAGAUAUUUGUUAUUUUUUACCAAAUUUAACGUUGUUGUGAUCAUUUGAUUUUUGUUUUUUUAACAGCCUAAACCUGCAAAUGUCUUCCAAGUUUAAUAUCCUUCAGCAGAAACAUCUCCUCCACACCUAACAGUGAAGGAGGAAGUUAUUUGCUGUAGCUUAUUACUUGCUUUGGGUGUUUCUGCAUGGACACAUAAAGAUCAGUUUUGAACAGUGUAACUAUUUUAAAAUGGUAACUACUGCAAAACAUCAGUAUGUUAAAGACCAAGACACCUCAACUUUAAAUCUGUAAAUAAAAAGUUGUCCCAUUUUCCACUUUGGCUGGAAAAAAAAACUCCGUCCAAGGCUCUUUUAUAAAAGUCUUGCAAGUUACUCUGUAUUCCUCAUGUUGCUGAAAAACAGCAGGCUGAGAAGUGGCUUAUUAUGAGUGUACACAAUGUAAGAGCAGGUCAAUAUGCAGACACGCAUCCACUUACAUCUUAAACUCACCCCAGAUUUCCUUCGGUUGUCCUUUUACAAUAAGGCAAAUUUCAUUUCUUGUUGUUUCUUAUAAUAGUUUUUUUUUUUUUUUUAAUGGUGAACUUGGAGCAGUUUGCAAAAUAUGCUUGAUGUAUCUAAAUGUUUUGCAAUGUUGUAAAAUCUUCAAGAAUAUUUUCUUUUUUAAGUGACAAGUAGUUAUGGUGUUCACUAAACACAACCACUGUUUAGUCAACAUUAAAAAGGAGCUUUUUUUUUUAUUAGCAGAGGAUUAACAAGUUCUUGAAACACUGUCCAGAAUUGCCAGUAUACACACAAACAAAGUAGUAAAAACUUAACAUGAAAAAGUAACUCAUAAUUACAAAAGCAGCCACUCUGUGGAGUCGUACAAAGUCGUAUGGCAGAACUAACACUUGUCAAAAGGUUUUGUAAUACAUUCAUGUGAAUUUUUGCAGCAACGUAAGAGUGUUCAGAGAGGUAUAAAGGCAACACAUCGGUAUGUAUAUAAUAAAUGCAUCUGACAGGAAAAAUGCUGAAUAAAAGCUUAGACAUGCUG